AUGACGGGCUAUGACCUUUCCCCUGCAGGCAACCCCUCUUUAAUUGACAUGGAUGGACGAGAAUGUUGUUUCAUCCCUGCCCUCCUCCCUGACCUCCUCUCUACCAUCAUCCCUGCUCUCCUCUCUACCAUCAUCCCUGCCAUCCUCUCUACCAUCAUCCCUGCCAUCAUCUCUACCAUCAUCCCUGCCAUCCUCUCUACCAUCAUCCCUGCCAUCCUCUCUACCAUCAUCCCUGCCAUCCUCUCUACCAUCAUCCCUGCCCUCCUCUCUACCAUCAUCCCUGCCAUCCUCUCUACCAUCAUCCCUGCCAUCCUCUCUACCAUCAUCCCUGCCAUCCUCUCUACCAUCAUCCCUGCCAUCCUCUCUACCAUCAUCCCUGCCCUCCUCUCUACCAUCAUCCCUGCCAUCCUCUCUACCAUCAUCCCUGCCAUCCUCUCUACCAUCAUCCCUGCCAUCCUCUCUACCAUCAUCCCUGCCAUCCUCUCUACCAUCAUCCCUGCCCUCCUCUCUACCAUCAUCCCUGCCAUCCUCUCUACCAUCAUCCCUGCCAUCCUCUCUACCAUCCUCUCUACCAUCAUCCCUGCCAUCCUCUCUACCAUCAUCCCUGCUCUCCUCUCUACCAUCCUCCCUGCCAUCCUCUCUACCAUCAUCCCUGCUCUCCUCUCUACCAUCAUCCCUGCCAUCAUCUCUACCAUCAUCCCUGCCAUCCUCUCUACCAUCAUCCCUGCCAUCCUCUCUACCAUCAUCCCUGCCAUCCUCUCUACCAUCAUCCCUGCCAUCCUCUCUACCAUCAUCCCUGCCAUCCUCUCUACCAUCAUCCCUGCCAUCCUCUCUACCAUCAUCCCUGCCAUCCUCUCUACCAUCAUCCCUGCCAUCCUCUCUACCAUCAUCCCUGCCAUCCUCUCUACCAUCAUCCCUGCUCUCCUCUCUACCAUCAUCCCUGCCAUCCUCUCUACCAUCAUCCCUGCCAUCCUCUCUACCAUCAUCCCUGCUCUCCUCUCUACCAUCCUCCCUGCCAUCCUCUCUACCAUCAUCCCUGCUCUCCUCUCUACCAUCCUCCCUGCCAUCCUCUCUACCAUCAUCCCUGCUCUCCUCUCUACCAUCAUCCCUGCCAUCCUCUCUACCAUCAUCCCUGCCAUCAUCUCUACCAUCAUCCCUGCCAUCCUCUCUACCAUCAUCCCUGCCAUCCUCUCUACCAUCAUCCCUGCCAUCCUCUCUACCAUCAUCCCUGCCAUCCUCUCUACCAUCAUCCCUGCCAUCCUCUCUACCAUCAUCCCUGCCAUCCUCUCUACCAUCCUCCCUGACCUCCUCUCUACCAUCAUCCCUGCUCUCCUCUCUACCAUCAUCCCUGCUCUCCUCUCUACCAUCAUCCCUGCCAUCAUCUCUACCAUCAUCCCUGCCAUCCUCUCUACCAUCAUCCCUGCCAUCCUCUCUACCAUCAUCCCUGCCAUCCUCUCUACCAUCAUCCCUGCCAUCCUCUCUACCAUCAUCCCUGCCCUCCUCUCUACCAUCAUCCCUGCCCUCCUCUCUACCAUCCUCUCUACCAUCAUCCCUGCCCUCCUCUCUACCAUCCUCCCCGCCCUCCUCCCUGUCCUCCGCCCUGCCCUCAUCCCUGCCGUCCCCGUCUCUCAUCUCCGCCGAUUUUCCCUGCCCACCUCUCUGCAUCGUCCCUGCAUGUCCCCUCCGUUCCCCCUGCUGGGAAUUUUGUAUUCGGUUUCACUGUAUUGCAAUUCUGGUUAG